GACUAUUAUUCAAUUUCUUGAUGACAUCAUGGCCGUCAGGUAUUAAUAAUAGAGCUCCCGUGGUAUUAAUGCGCAGAUUCACUGAAGAUUUACACAUUUCUGUUCUGUCACACUGAAGAGAAUGAAAAUAUCAGCAGAUUGCAUUGACCAAGAUAAUGGAAGUCAGUUGAGUGAUGGACAAGAUGACAAGGUUCAGGAGGUGGAAAUUAGUGUUAAGUACUUCCCAGAAAGAACAAGUAGUUACCAUGUUGCAGCUGGUAUUUUUCCUACUGAGACAUCCUGGAAAUUAGUUAAAGAAAAAAUCAUGUCAAAAUGUGGAUUAGAAAACAGUGUUGAUGCUGUCUUCUCUUAUAUUGAUGAUGAAAUGGAUGAGGUACUUAUAGAUAGUGACAUUGAAUUCCAUGAAGCAUUGAGAGUUUUAACAAAAACUGGAAAUAAACUACAGCUUUAUGUAAAGAGUUCUCAGAACAGUGCUAGCGAGAAUAACACAUCUUGGUUACGAGUUUCACCACCAACAGUGAGCCAGGAGGUAGAAACUGAAGAGUUUGUAUUUUUGAGUGACAGAGACAAUGCCAGUACAUCAGAAACAGCUAGUGAUGGAAAUCAAAGUGAUCCAGUAACCAGAGAGGAGUUCAAGGAAGAAAAUUCACAUUCGUCAGAAGCUAAGAUACUUGAUACUACUUCAGAACCACCAGUUUGGUUUGUGUCAUAUAUGAAUCAACUUCAAGAAGAACUGACUACAGAGAUCACCAAGCAAAUUGUUAAAAGAGUGACAAAGUCCCUGGCUGGAGUUAGAUUGAGGCCCCAGCCCAAGUACCAAAAAGACUCAAGUAGCUUUAGUGAAGAUGAAACACCAUUUUUAGAAGACCCAGUACAUGUAGGAAUCAUCUGUGAUAGCUGUAACCGGGUGAUACAGGGAAUAAGGUUCAAGUGUUGGAAUUGUUCAAAUUAUGAUUUGUGUCAGAAGUGUGAAUCUCUUCCAAGUGUCCACAAUGAGGACCAUAUCUUUUUGAAAAUUAAAAAACCUAGCAACCCUAUAAAUCUUCCUCAGAAGGUGAAAAAGAAAUAUCUUUGUGGCAAACAGCAACCAAACUCUCAAACUGAUGCUGAUAAUGUGGACCCAAGCUUCAUGCCUCAAGUCCUUGGAUCUAUUGCUAGAGGAAAUGUUCGCAGCAAAAAAGACAAGAAGGUUUUUAAAAUGAUAAAGAAGCUGGAAAAAUACAGAACCAAAGAGCAAGGCCGAAACCAAACACAAUCUUCGCCUGCAGCCAUUUUGUCUACUCCAGGGCCCUAUGUGCCGAAUAUUACUCCUGGCCCCUUGAAGCGAGAAAGAUCCCCAUCCUCAGCUCACGUUCAUUGUGUUGAGUUGAUGGAUGCACGUUUUCUUGAGGAUGAAACAAUACCAGAUGGAACCCACAUGCAACCAGGGACAAAAUUCAUUAAGAAAUGGAGAGUUCAGAACACAGGGUCUAAACCUUGGACAUCUGACACAAUGCUGAAAUACCACUGGGGUACAAUGGGACUGGUUCCAGAUGGUACCAAGGUAAGUGUACCGCCACUGGAAGCAGGCGAGGAAGGAACGUUAGCUGUACAGUUUACAGCUCCCUUAGAACCAGGACGAUACCAGAGCCACUGGAGGCUAUACCAUCAUGGUCGAGGUUUUGGUCACAGGAUGUGGUGUAAUAUUGAAGUAGAUCAGCCCAUUAUACUGGAGUCUAAGUGCAGUCAGGAAGAAAAAAGGUAUGAAGUUAGCCACAUUGCAGAAGUUCUAACUUCUGUGGAGAAAGAGUGGGAGAGUGAGCCUAUCAUCAAACCUGCAAUUCUGUCCCAUACAGCAACACCCAAUAACACACCAUUUGGUACUCAUCCUGUUACACCAAACCAAAUUCCUUCAACACCUCUAAGUAGUCAACCAGGAACACCAAGUCAGUACUUUGUGGUUCUUCUUGUCUUAGUAUUGUAUAAUAUUAGAUUAAUAAUAUAUCACUGUUGUCACCCAUAUAUAGAAAAAGAAGAAGUAAACCACAUAUCCACAAGUGUAAAAUCUAACUCCAUUGUUCACCUGUCAGAAGACAAAGCAGAUUCUGGCACUAAAGAAGAUGUUAUAUCACCUACUUCUGCACAAGAAAUUAAACUAUCUGGUAAAAUUAUUGAAGAUAUAGAAGAAGAGGAAGAAGUUAUGUUGUUGCCUCAGGCUGUGCAUCCUCAGAUAUUCUCUACCAGUGAGUCUGAAAACCAAGAUGUAAUUAUAGUUGAAGGUCAUGUUAGAGAAAGUUUCAUUAGUGUGUCGCAAGCACCAGAUGAUGGAAGUGGAAAUAUACAUCUGUCUUCUUCUGCUGAUGAUGAUGUUAGAAAACAGGAAGAAUUACAGAAACAGAACACACAAGCUGAUGUCCUUCCUGGAAACAACAAAAAAGGACCAGAAACUUCAUGUACCAUUAAAUAUAAAUCAAAUAAAACUUCCUCUCCCCCUCUGAAGCCGAAUUCGGGAAAUUCUCCUCCAGAAAAGCCAAUACAGGUUCUUCCUGAAGCACUGGUUACUGGAGCUCUGAGUGCUGCAGCAUCUGUAUAUAACACAGCUCGGAGUGUCUUUUCUGGAAGGAAUGAGCCGUGGGAACGACCGUGGACACCUCCCCCACCCUCUUGUCCUCCUCAGUCACCACCCCAGCCUUUAACACCUUUGCAGCAGCUGGGUGAGAUGGGCUUCUUUGACCAGGGACUGAAUCAGCAGCUUCUAAAGAAUCACAAAGGAGACUUGAAUGCUGUUAUCUCUGAACUGGUGAACAUGGAAAAUAACCACUGGUUUGAUCAUCGACACGUUUCCCAAUCUUCCCAGCAUUCUCCCAUUCAGGGUUCUCACUGCACUCAACUCGAGUUUGACUAGAUUAUAGCUUAUAUUGAAUGGUAGUUUUUUUGUUGUUGUUGUUGGUUUCUUAUCUCUUAUGCAUGUCAAAAUUUCUUAUUUGCACCAAGUUAAAAAAAAUUUAUUUGCUGGGUACUGAACUUCUUUGUAAAAUAUGUGAGACUGUAAUAUAAGAAGUUAGCAUUAACUUUCUAGUCUUGAAUUUUUAAGAUUAGAAGCAGAGAAAGGCUCUUUGAAACCUUGUUAUUUUUAUUCAAGUUAAUAUUUUGUGUAUUAGGCUAUUUAGUGUUUAAGGAUUAGGGGUACAUUUUAAGACUCCACUUUUCCGAGUUUUAAGUUUAAGUACCCAAUCUUUUAUUUUCUUGUGAAACUUUUAAACAGGUGAAAUAAUUUAUAAAAGAUGUUUAAGAAAAAAGCUAAACCAGUAUGUUUAGGAUUUCAAAGAUGGCUUUGUCUGCAUAUUUACAAAGAUUUCUUUUUCUUAGAAAAUACUUGCAAACAAAUUAAAACUAAUACAGUUUGCAUAUUUAUUUGUCAGGUGGUUUGAGUGCACAGCUUUUAUAAUUUUUUUAUCUAAGUUGUAUUUUUUUUUUCCUUAGGAGAAAAAGUUUCAGUACAUUAUGGUGCAGAAUAUUUUGUGGUCUUGCUGUUGGAAAUUUUAUAAUUUUGUUAAAUUGAAGUUUCCUCUAAAGGGAUCCAAUAGUACUCAUUAUUUUAUCCAAAUCCAAUUAGAGAAAUGUUUUAUUAAUCACUUUAAAAAGCCUGCCAAGAAUGACCCAGAAAUAAUCAACUUGUUUAAAGUUACAUUGUUAAGAUUAGAAGAAAUUACAUUUUUCUAAACUUGUAGAGACUGCUUCAAAGUUAUCUUUAUCUCAGCUUGUUAUGAAUUGAAAUUGUCCUGUUUCUAAACCUGUGGUUGUUGAGAACUAGCAAUCAUGCCUGCAUCUUCACAGAAUUAAUGACUAAGAUUUAAUAAGCAUGUGGAAGCUUUGAAAAAGUGAAUAAUGACAAUUAACUGGUCAGCUUCUUCAAACAUGUCGGGAAUACAAGACAACUAACCAAUUUAUUUAAGGCUAUGAGGUUAAAAGGCCUAACCAUCACUCUUAAACCUGCAGGUGUUAGUCAAUAUGAUUUUAUUUCAACUUAGCAGAUAUGGGGUAGAUGUAAUGGUGUCUAUUCUGCAAGUUACAAAUUUGGAUUAAUGUAAUAUAAAUCUGCAGAUAUUUUAAAUCAAAAACUAACUACAUCAUGUAGUUUGGGAAUACUUUAAAUCUAUUUUUGUCCAAGUCAGAACUAAUAAUACCUAGAUAAACCUCCAGGUUACAAGUCAUGGUAUAGGUUAGAAGUAAUCCUGUUCAACUUUGUGUGGUAUAUAUAAAUAUAAAAUAUAUAUUAAUAUGUUAUAUAUCUCAUCAAAUUGUUAAACUCAGUGUAGUACUAAAGGAUCAGAAUGUUGCAGUUUUCUCUAAUAGAAGGGUUUUAACAAACUUCACAAAUAUUUAUAAAUGUACCCACUUAGCAAAACAUCGUACGUAGCAACUUUUAUUAUUAUAAAGCUAGUUUCUCGUUAGUGACAGUUAAGGCUAUAUGUAUGUAAUACUAAGUACUAUAAUCGUUAAUUAUAAGCAGUUACUAAAACAUUUUUAUGGGAAAUUGUACCAUUUUUACUGUUCAGUAAGUGGAGUACAAUGUUAAGUCUGUGGUUGUUGAAAAUAUUAACAAUCAAAAAUUCCUGAUAAACAAAACAAAAUGAGUAAAGUGUAGUGAUUUUUUAAAUGUUGGAUGGGAAAACCUGUGAGAAUUUUAGAAUUACUUAUGAAAAUUGUUUUUUACUACCAUUAAGCUGAUUAAAAUAGUAGCACUGCUUAAGUAGGAGACUAUUUACUGUUUGCAUUUCUGUUAUUGAAACCUGAUAAAAUAUUCUACAAUUUGUUUUAUCACUUUUGAUUUUUUCUGUUGUAAAACCUUUUCAUAUUAGUCUUUAAAUGUAUUAAACCACAGGAUUCUGUUGUAAAACUUUUUCAUAUCAGACUUUAAAAAUGUUAAACCACAGGAUGAUGAUGUUGAUGGUUACCAUGACAUGAUAAUAAGUGUUCAGUUCAUAGAGUUAGUACAUACUAUACAAUUAGUUGUACCAAAAUUAUUUAAAUAGAAUUUAUUUAGUAUUUAAUCCUUAAUGAAGUGUAAUAUAAAAUAUAAAGUCAGUAUUGAAAAAAACAUGUUUUAAAUACACAUAACAUACAAAGAGUUGAAAGCUUGUAAUUUUUUCAGUUUCAUAUUUAUUGUUAGUUUUUUCAUACAUCUGCUUUUAGUAUUUCUAGUCUUUAUAUCAAUUUCAGUCUUGUAAACUAGUAUUGUUUAUCUUUGAGCUCAGAAGUCAGACUUCCAAAUAUAAAAGCAAAGUGUUUUGAGUCAGAGAGAACUGUGUAAUAAAAUGAGAUUACUGAAACUUAUCAAUAUUAAAUAUUCAUCAUAUUUUUAAUACAAGGAAAAAAGUAAUAAAAGUUAUUCUUCAAGUUUAGAAGGAAAAUAACAAAUAAUGAUGCUUCAGUGGUACUUUAGACAGUAUAGACAUAGAGUUUUGGUUUUGAUAGACUGUUGCUAGAAUAAGAUGAUAAUAUUUCAACUCCUAUACUGAGACCUUAUGUACUUCCACAUGAAGAAGACUUCAGUAUAAAAAUUAAAAUGUCAUCUUAUUCAAGAAACAGGCAGGAGCAGUCCAUUAAUGCAGAAACUAAACAGCUUAUGAGUUUGUUCUAACAUGAAGUUAUUUAAUUUUUUUGUAAAAAACAAAUAAAAAAUACAGAUUUUCACUGAUAUUUUGCAUAAGACACUGGUUAUGUUUUCACAGAAGAAGUAUGUAAAGUAUGUAGAUUAGUAAUUACACCGUUUCCUCUUUUAUAAGUGUUUUUAUUUUCUUAGAAACAAGUGUGGGAAGUCAUACUUUUGAACCAACGAAAUUUGUAGAGUGAUAAAUUAUGUGAACUUUGAUUAGAUGUAAAAAGAAUUCCUAUAUAUAUAUAGAGAGAGAGACAGAGUGAAGUGUCACCUGGGAAUGCUGAGUGAGCAGAUUCUGCUAUAUAAAGUAUUUUCAGAUAAUUCAUUAAUUUGUGAUAUGUUCUUUAUAACUUUUCUCUGUGAGGUGUAGAAAAUGUGCAUGUGUGAUUGUAGGAAGAUUUAGUGCAUACUUGUGUUAGUAAAAGGUAGCAAUUCUUCAUUGGUAGAUUACAGUUUGUAUAGUACAAUAUCAAACCACUACAGGGUUUACUGAACAGUAAAAGAAGACAAGUGACAGAUUAGGAGGUUUUAGAGAUAAACAUCAGGUAAUAUCACUAAAUAUUUACUGAUGACAGAAUAACGUCAUACAUAACACACAAACAUAUAUAACAGUAUCUCGUAUGUUCACAGUAGCGAACUAGAUGGUACAGUGAAUAUCUUGUACUGUUUUGAAAUGUGGAAUAUGGGAAGCUUCCUUGUGGAAUAUUGCCUAAAGUGUGCAUCUUACAGACCUGCUGCUGCUAUUCCCGUAGGUUUAGUAGUAUGGGAAUCUUCCUUGUGGAAUAUUGCCUAAAGUGUCCAUCUUACAGACCUGCUGCUGCUAUUCCCAUAGGUUUAGUAAUAUGGGAAGCUUCCUUGUGGAAUAUCGCCUAAAGUGUGCAUCUUACAGACCUGCUGCUGCUAUUCCCAUAGGUUUUGUAAUGCAAUAUACUAUUAAGAUUUCUUAUUAUUUGCAGAAGUGUAAUGAUGUGCCGUUGUACAUUUAAAAACGGAACAGCUUAAAGAUGUAUUUUUUUAGAACAGAAAACAUAAUUUAUUUUGAAGGAGCACAACACUGUGUAAAAUAAACAAAAACAACCUAUUUUACAAUUUAACAGAAGCACUAUAACGUGUUUAGUAUUAUGAACAGACAGAUUUCAACCACAAGAUAAUCCAAGAGAACUGAGUUUAGAAACUGUGAUAGAAAUAACAUGUUAUUAAAUUACACCAGCUCAUUUAAACUUGGUUAUGCAGCAUGUUUUACAUUGGCCCUAGAAUUAUUUAGCAACAUUUAAAUUGAUUGUUGCAGUUAAUUUCUAAAUUAGUGUAGUGACCAAACACAAAAAUUUAAAUUUUAAUGUCAUUUUGAAAGAGUUAAUGGUACCAAUGAACGUUUGUAUUUAUUUUCAUAGAGGUCUAACCCUUGAAAUUUCUUUUUUAAUUUAAUAAAAAUGUUUAUAGUAUUUGUGAAGGAGGAUAGAAUUAGAAAGGUGAAAAUACAAUUACUGUAAAAUAGCUUUUGGUGUGUGUGUGGGAUAAAUAAAAAUUACUGUCUCCUCAA